UUAUUUUUAUUUCUUUUUAUCCAAUUUGUAUACCUCUUCUUCUUGUGUGAUUACACUAGCUAAAACUUUUAGUAUGAAGGUGAAUUAGAAGUGGUGAGAGGGAACAUCCUCCUUCCUGAUCUUGGGGAGAAACUUAACAUCUCACUAUUUAGUGUGAUGUUAGCUGCGAUUUUUAAAAAUAGUCUUAUUAGAUUAAGGGAGUUCCCUUCUAAGUUUUUUGGGUUUUUAGCAUGAAUGGAUGUUGAACUUUGUUUCUCCUGCAUAUAUUAAUAUAAUCAUAUCUGUUUUCAUUCAUUCCAUCAAUAUGACGAAUUACAUUGAUUUACAGAUGUUGAAUCAGCCUUGCAUUGUUGGAAUGAACCCCAUGUUACCAUGUAUUACCCUUUUUAUAUAGUCAGUUUGCUGGGUUCAUUUUGCUAAUAUAUCUAAAUUCAUGAAAGAUCUUGGUUUAUAGUUUUCUUUUUUUGUAAUAUAUUUUUCUAGUUUGGGAAUAAAAGGUAAUGUUGGCCUUACAAAAUGAGCUGAAAGAUGAUCUCCCUUCUGAUUCCUGGAGGAAAUUGUAAAAGUGGUAUUGUUUCUUCCUUAAAUGUUUGGUAACAUUCACCAGUAAUACCAUCUGAGCUUGGUGUUUUCAUUUUGGGGGAAGAUUUACCACUGAUUUAAUCUUUUUCAGGUGUAGGGCUAUUCAUAUUAUCUGUAUUUCCUGGGGUGAGUUUUGGUUGGUUGCACCCUUCAAGAAUUAGUCCAUGUUAUCUAGAUUAUCAAAUUUAGGGGUGCCUGGGUGGCUCAGUCAAUUAUGUGUCUGACUUCGGCUCGGGUCAUGAUCUCACAGUUUGUGAGUUUGAGCCCCACGUCGGGCUCUGUGCUGACAGCUUAGAGCCUGGAGCCUGAUUCGAGUUCUGUGUCUCCCUCUCUCUCCCCCUCCCCCCUCUCAAAAAUAAAUAAACAGUGAAAAAAUGAAUUAUCAAGUUUAUGGGCAUAGAAUUGUUUGUACUAUUCGCUUAACUUUUUGAUGUCUGUAAGAUUAGUAGUGAUGACUCCUAUUCUACUCCUGAUUGGUAAUUUGCGUCUUCUCUUUUUUUCUUAGCUCUUGGUUUGGUUUAUUGUUUCCUUCCUUCUACUUGCUUUAGGUUUUGUUUUUCUUUAUCUUAUGUUUGAAGUUGGAAGCUUAUGUUACUGAUUUUAGACCUGUCGUCCUUUCUGUUGAUCUUAAAAGUAAAACUGCUAGUUAUUUUACUCUGUACAGGAGUAGAAGAAUUGCAAUCUAGGACGUUCAGGUUACUACAAACCAUAGGUAAACUCAGAACAAAGCAGAAGAAUGCACUUUUAUGGAUGAAAGGGGGAUUUGCAAAGGCUGUUCUGCACAAAAGCCCAGUGGAGGUAAAUGGGAGUUUCAGGGUGGUGCCCAUCUCUCAUUGGCUGGGCUGUGAUAGUCUCUCAUUGGCUGGGUUGUGACCUGUCUCUUUGGCUUGGCUGUGAUCAUCUCUCAUUGGCUGGGCUGUGAACAUCUCACAUUGGCUGGGUAUUACCAUCUCUCAUCUCUUAUUAGCUGAGCUGUGACCCUCUCUCAUUGGCUGGAUAUUACAGUGUCUCAUUGGCUGGGCUGUGACACCUCUCAUUGGCUGGCUGUGUUCUCUGUCAUUGGCUGGACUGUUGCCAGGUCAGGAGAAAAUCUUCCUUCAUCCUGCAGGGGUGGUAAAGUGAACUUGGUCCUGACUGAAUGCAAGGGAAGCCGUAUGAGAUCCAUUUGCCAAACCUCAAAUGGUCCGUCGGACGGUUCAGAGUCUGGGAGAAGUGUGGUUUUCCCUGGAUUAUGCCUUGGAUGUGGGACGAGCGAAGUAGGCACCCUGUUAUCUUUUCCGCACCUGUAUUGGUCCACGAAUGCCAUCACCGUGUCAGGAGACCAGUGGUUGAAAGCACGUACAGGGGUGAGCAGUGGGGGUUUUGGAACUUCUGUGGGCAGAUUGUUAUUUGGUCCACACCAGAGUUCUCUCUUACUAUCAAACCAACAAUGACUAGAUUUCUAAUACUGUUUUUCCUUUUCUGGGGCCAAUUUUUGGGGUCUCUGGUCAAUUUUCCCAAAUUAUCAUUUGAGAGAACAUCCCUCUGGACCAGGGCAGAGGUCUGGCUGUUGGCCUCCGAGAGAACAGCAUUUGGGGCAGAAGUGUCAGUGAGGUGGUUUCCUUUGGCCUCCAGGGACUCACGUCUGGAAUGCCCAGGAACCUUGGUAAUGGCCAGAGCAGCCCUUAAAAAUAUGGCACGUAAUAUAUUUAGACACAGCCAUUUAAAAUUUCAUCUCCAUUGGAGGUAACCCUCGCUGUUGCCAUGCUGUUUCAAAGUCCUGAGUUACUUACCGGAAGGGGUGCCAGCUCUCGGUAUAAAUGCCUGUGGUUUUACCCUUGGCCAGGGUAUCCAGCUCGAGUCCGGGCACGUAACUCAGCCUGUCUGGCUGAAGUAGGCAGAGGUAAAGGUGCCCCCUUAGUGACUUCAAAAGGGGUUCCAGUUGCACUCCCAGCACGAAACUUACCAUUUUCCUCCUUUAGAUAAGAACCAUCAGUGACCCAUUAAAAGUCUGUAUUUCAUCUGCAGAGGAAUUCCUGUAACUUGUCACAGGGCGUCAAAAGGUGAUGUGUCAACAUCGAGCCGUCGUGAGGGUCUUGUCAGUGAGGGAGGAGAGAGGAAUAGUGGGGUGAAGGCUGUUGCAAAAAGGAAGAGUCACAUGAGGAGCAGUUAGCAGGGGGAUGACUACCAUGCCUGCGGGAAUCCUGCCUCAAAAUGAAGAGCCAUACUCCACUUUGGUGAAUGACAGUCCAUAUGCUGCCAACAUGAAGGGAAAUCCAGGGCGUCCAACGCCAAAGUACACAAAGGUCGGAGAGCGGCUGCGACAUGUGAUUCCUGGACACGUGGCCUGCUCCGUGGCGUGUGGCGGCAGAGCUUGCAAGUACGAAAACCCGGCGCGCUGGAGCGAGCAGGAGCAAGCCAUUAAGGGGGUCUACUCGUCCUGGGUCACUGACAACAUCUUGGCCAUGGCUCGCCCGUCCACUGAGCUCCUCGAGAAGUACUGCAUCAUCGAGCAGUUCCGAAGCCAUGGCAUAAAAACAAUCAUCAACCUGCAGCGCCCUGGGGAGCAUGCCAGCUGCGGGAACCCCCUGGAACAAGAAAGUGGCUUCACGUAUCUUCCUGAAGCUUUCAUGGAGGCCGGCAUCUAUUUCUACAAUUUCGGAUGGAAGGAUUACGGUGUGGCAUCGCUUACCACUGUCUUAGACAUGGUGAAGGUGACGACAUUUGCCUUACAGGAAGGGAAAGUAGCCAUCCAUUGUCAUGCAGGGCUUGGUCGAACAGGCGUUUUAAUAGCAUGUUACUUGGUUUUCGCCACGAGAAUGACUGCUGACCAAGCAAUUAUAUUUGUUCGGGCGAAGCGACCCAAUUCCAUACAAACUCGAGGACAGCUCCUCUGUGUAAGGGAAUUUACCCAGUUUCUCAUCCCUCUCCGCAAUAUAUUCUCUUGCUGUGACCCCAAGGCACACGCUGUUACUUUAGCACAGUAUCUGAUUCGCCAGCGGCAUCUGCUUCACGGUUAUGAGGCCCGCCUUCUGAAACACGUACCCAAAAUCAUCCACCUCGUUUGCAAACUGUUGCUGGAUUUAGCUGAGAACAGGCCAGUGGUGACAGAAGAGGUGGCAGAGGGGCCCAGCCUGUGUGCGGAAAUCGAAAAGACUGUUUCUGAGGUGAUCACCAUGCAGCUGGACAAAGAGUUACUGAGGCAGGGCAGUGACGCCUCAGACUCCUUGCCGCCCGCUGCAGUGGCCGUGGAUUUUGAGAAUCAGGAUGUGAUUCUUUCCAGCGAACAGCAGAUUGACCCUCUUUGGAAGAGGCGGAAUGUUGAGUGCCUUCAGCCCCUGACGCCUCUGAAAAGGCGAUUCAGCUACAGCGACUCUGACUUAAAGAGGGCUGAGUCACUUCUGGGGCAGGGGGCAGCUCCGUGGACGGGGCCUGCCGCAGCCUUGCUUGGCCAUAACCCCAGACAGCAGAAGCCCACAAGCCACUGUCACACCCCCCAGUCUCCACAGCUUGAUCUGAGUAAGGAAACGCUGGUCCGAAAUACAUUCUCUUUCUGGAAUCAAGCUAAAUUUGGAGGCCUGGAAGGACUCAGGGAUGAGGGGUCACCGGGUUUCCAUAGGGAGACUGCUGCGAAGGAAGUACAGCGGAGUAGAACCUUCUCCUCGGGGGUUUCAGGUCCCUACAACCCUGGGGAUCCAGUGAGACCCAGCUUUGCGGAUGUCCCUCGGGAACCGGACCGUUGUCCCCAGCAAGCGCCCCGUCUGUGUGGAGCUCCCUCCGCUCACUGCUCUGAGACUCCCCGCAGCCUUGGGGACCGUGACUUCCUCUGCAAAGUACCCUCCUCGGUUGGACCCACAGCCCAGGAAGGCAAAGACCUGCCUGAGGUCACUGCACACACUGCUUCGCAGGCCGAACUGAGUGCUGAAGCCAGGAGAGUGCUGGCUGCCAAAGCCCUGGCAGAUCUCAGUGAGCUUGCAGAAGAGGAGGGAGUGAAAAGGAAGGUAGAGAUGUGGCAGAAAGAACUGAAUUCCCGAGACGGAGCUUGGGAAAGAAUAUGUGGCGAAAGGGACCCUUCCAUCCUGUGCAGUUUAAUGUGGUCUUGGGUGGAGCAGCUGAAGGAGCCUGUGAUAACCAAGGAGGACGUGGACAUGUUGGCUGGCAGCCACACAGAGGCCGCAGAAGCGUUGUUUUUGUUAGAGAAGGGCCAGCACCAGACCAUUCUCUGCGUGUUGCACUGCAUUGUGAACCUGCAGCCCAUCCCUGCGGAUGUGGAGGAGGCCAUCCUUGCCCGCGCCAUUAAAGCCUUCACCAAGGUUAAUUUUGACUCUGAAAAUGGACCAAUAGUUUACGACACCCUAAAGAAAAUAUUUAAGCACACACUGGAGGAGAAAGGGAAAAUGACAAAAGAUGGCCCUCAGCCUGACGUUUAGUGACGCUUCCCCACGGUGGACACUCCAGACCCGGAGACCCAGGCGGCGUUCGUGCGUACAGAUGAACAGGAAGGGGGUGUGGAGCCGUUUCGGGUCCCAGCACUUUAUCUCAGACGCUCUUGGUUUGUGCAAAGAACACUCAUUUCUGUUGCGAGCGAUUAUUUAUUUUAAAAUACCCUUGAGCUACAUUUUUGUGUUGAAAAAUUGCCAUAAUGUUGGUGCCACUUUCUUGUAUUUAUUUAACUGAAUUAAUAUUGUGUUAAUAUGUUAAGUACACGGUGUUUACAUCUUUAUUCUUUUUGACGUUUUGGAAAAAGUUGUAAUUCUUCUUUCCAAAACAGCUAUUUUGUUGAUGGAGCUCUUGCUGGAGUUUUUACCAAGUAGGCAAUUUUAGCAGUAAAACUUCACUGUGGAUCCGUGAGCCUGAUCCAUGACCUGAGGAAGUCACAAAGUGUCUUCAACUAUUUUGUAUUUGUUAAUAAGAAGGCGAUUGAUAACAUUUUUAAAGGAUUUUUUUAAUUUGGAAAUUUUUUGUUUUUUCUUUUUAUAAAUGUGUCAAAGGGUUUCAAAGUAUAUUAUUUUUUGGAGUGAUUUAGUUUUGUGUUAAGGGUGGUCGUGAGGUGGUUGGAUUUUUUUAUUGUAGGAAGUAGACUCGGGCCUCCAGAUGGCCUUGCUGAUCUCUCCGCACAUCCAGCCUUACUCUCUCCAAACAGCGUCUUCACAGGAAGUGGUCAGGCAGACCCUGUGCUGACGGUGUGAGGUGUGAGGGCCGCAUGGAUCAGGCGUCAGGCCCAGGCAGGCACUGUGCUGACGGUGUGAGGGCCACACAGCCCGUACCUCCCACCUCCGUCCUUCUGCAGACCCCGCUGCCCCAGGGCCCUGUCAUCUGCCACUUUUCACUAGGAAAAUUAAGAUUCUUAAACUGAAAUGUGAGCACGUAGCCUGCAUUCACCAUAUGGGCUUAAGUUAAGAAGUAAGUAAACUAUUUGUUGCCUGACUAGUAACUGCCUAACGGGUUCUUUGUGGACCGAGCUGUCAUUCAGCAGUUGAGGCUGUAACAAGUGUGUGCAGUUAUCAGAGGCCAGGCCGCACAGGGUGAUCGUUUUUCCCAACAGAUGUGAUACUAAUCAAACCAGUUUCACACUAAAGCUGUCACGCUAUUUUAGAGACAGAAACUUGGGGGAAGCGAGACUAACCUUGGAUGAGAUUCUCCAACUCCUGCAUCUCUGAAUCCGGCACUGGCACAUCAGAAACGUUUUAGUCAUUAUGGGUCUUACCGACUCUGGCGGCAGAUGCUGAAUGCCGUUUCCUCCUACACUGUUUGAAUUUUCUUGGGAAACCAGAUCCAGUGAAUUUUAAUGAACUGGGUUGCCUGUUGCUGAGAUUUCUCAUUUUUAAGUGCCUGAUCUGGGAAAGAAGGGGAGAAAAGAUUACAUUUUAUCCAAAGGUACAUUAUAAAAAUAUGUUUUUUACCCCAAAAGAUGUUUACCCACAUGUCUGUCAGUGUCACAUGGACAAGGGCCAGCAGGGUUCAUUCGACAAGUGGCUAUUGGCCUGUGUCUGUGAUGACCAGGUUAGAGCACGGAUCCCGCGCAGCCACAAUGUGACCACGGCCGCACACCAGCCUGAGGAGGCCGGUGGGACAGGUAAACCAGGCUGUCUCCAGGUGUUGUAUUUAUUCGAAUAAAAGUACAAACAACAAA